AUGGGAGAUUCUAUGUUGAAGAAGAAUGAUCCCUUCUUAAAGUAUAUUUGGGAGAAAUAUAAUUUAGAUAAUGAGGUGAAUGUUAAUGAAGAUAAUGAUAUUUUACUAUUUUGCAAGGUUUUCGAUACAGAUUUCUAUAAUCUUUUAAACCAACCCAAAAAUAUUUGUAGAAAACUUUUAAGAAAUUUGAAAGUGGCAAAAUAUAGUAAUAUACCAAAGGACCAUUCUAAGCACUGUUCUAAUAUAUUAUAUUGGUUAUAUUAUGAAAUAAAGGAACAUAAAAUUUCUAAGGAAUCUAUUAAGGGUAUUUUUGAUGCAUUAGAUAAUAUAAUAAAUGAUGGAAAUAUUGCUACCCUUAAUUGUUCUGGAUUAAUAACAAUAGAAGACUUGCUUCAACCAGAAGAAUUAGUAAUGUUAUACAUAUUUAUGCAUAAUAUUGAUGUUAUUCAAGAAAUAUUAAACAAAGAUAAUGAUAUUAUUAAAUGUUCUUGUAAAAAAUUUAUCAAACAAUGUGUAGAUUCAUAUAAAAGUAAAUAUGAGGAUUACCCUACAAAUUGUAAUGAUAUGAAGACCAAUAAAUUCACAUGUCUUGCAGUAAAUGAGUUUAAAACACGUUAUGAGGGAAAUUUAUCCGAUGAAAAGAUAAAAUAUAGCUUACCACAAUUAUCUUCUGAAACUCCUACGGAUAUUAUAGAUUGUAACCCAUCAGAAAAAAUUGACUUACUUCCAG